UCGGAGUGAGGUUCGGUUAAGAACUUUGAAAAACCAAAGAUAAGCACUUUUUUGUUCUCUUUCUCUCUACCCUUCAUCACCCGCCACUACAAAACCAUAACCUCAUUUCCAAGUUCCAAUCUUUUUCAUUCUCUCUCUCUUUUCACACACUACCAUUCAUACUUGUACAAAUUACAACUUUUUUUUUUAUCAUACAGAAUCAUAAUUAGCUUAGAUUAUAUCCAAAUCCAAACACACAGCAACAAAUUCAUUCAUGGGAGGAGGUAUGAAUGAAGAAGAAAAAAAGUGGCCUUUAUGGUUGCAACCACUUCUCCGAACAAGUUUCUUUGUUCAAUGUAAAGUCCACUCAGAUUCUCACAAGAGUGAAUGCAAUAUGUUUUGCUUGGAUUGUAUUAAUGGAGCCCUUUGUUCUGCUUGUCUUGCUUCUCACAAAGACCACAGAACAAUUCAGAUAAGGAGGUCUUCAUACCAUGAUGUGAUAAGGGUAUCUGAGAUACAAAAAUUUCUGGACAUAACAGAAGUCCAAACUUACAUUAUAAACAGUGCAAAGAUUGUGUUCUUGAAUGAAAGGCCUCAACCUAGGCCUGGAAAAGGGGUUACCAAUACCUGCCAAGUUUGUGAUCGCAGCCUCCUUGAUUCCUUCAACUUCUGCUCUCUUGGUUGUAAGAUUGUUGGAACCUCCAAGAAGAAGUUGAGGAAGAAUAAUAAAAUGUUACUAAGUAAGAAAGAUGGGUCUGAUGGUGAAGAGUCAAUGAAUGGCAUAAGCAAUGGAAGUGGUAGAAACAAAAUCCAUAGCUUUACACCUUCAACACCACCUCCAACAGUGGUCAAUUAUAGAACAGCUAAGAGGAGGAAAGGAGUUCCACAUAGAUCUCCAAUGGGUGGAGGAAUCAUUAUAGAGUACUAAUAAAUUAAUAAUGUUAUAUAUAGUGGUUUUAAUGUCACUUACCAAUCAAUAUUUAUACUAAAAAAUAUACAAUAGUUGUUGCCACUUCCUUUAAGUGGUGUCAUUGAAAAUAUCAUGUAUAAUUUACAUAGUUGCAAUUGCAACACCAGAGCCCUUAUCCCCGAGGCCGGUGUUGAAAGGAUUUGGAUUGCAUGUAGUCAAUACUGCACGCAGUUCUACGGUCAGAGUAUCUGUGACUGUCUGAUUAAAUUGGACUAUUUUGAUUUUAAGCUUGUAUUUGUAGAUUUAAUAAUAGUAAUAACAAUAAAAUCUAUUUGAAAUCAGGACGUUCGAUUUUUAUCAGACGAUCACAGAUGUAGUGACUGUAGAAAUUCAUGCAGUCAAUUCAGACCUGUGUAGAAAAUUUCUACUCUAUAUUGUAUAUGGAGAAAAGGGAAAAGAAUAUAAAAAAAGGAAGAAAAAAAUUGUAUUAGAAAGCAAGCAAUAAUGUAAACAUAGUGUGGGGAAUAGUUGGUUUGGGAUGCUCUAAAUGUACAGAUAUUAGUGGUUUGUAGAAAGGAAUUGUAUAGCAUCUAAUUUGACAAUAAUAAAGUUAUGAUGAUGUGUAUUAAUUAUAUUA